AUGUUUACGGAUGUGGAUUAUGUGAACCCCGAGACGCAGGAGGAUGUGAAGAAUUGGGGGAUCUGGAUUACAAAGGAGUCUGGGGUUGAAGAGGACUGGGUUGCGCAUGUGCGUGCGCAUUGCGGUGCUGAUGUCUUCAUGGUCGGCGAGUACUGGGUGCCGGAUGUGCGGGAGCAAUUGCACUGGCUGGAGAUCAUGCAGCACGACGACUUCAAUCUCUUCGAUUCGGAUCUCGUCUUCAAUUUCUCUCGCAUCAGUAAGAACCAAAAAGCGGACCUGAGACAGGUCUUCGACAAUACGCUCGUGCAAAAAGGCACCCACGAGAGCCGUCACGUUGGUCAUGAACCACGACAUGCAGCCCGGCCAGACCGUCGAGACGCCCACUGA